CCUCCAUUACGGACGAGGAAACUGAGGCAUAGCUCUUAACUGACCGGUCUUCGGUCACCCAGGAGGUGAGAGGUGGGCUUGGUGUUAGAACCCAGCUCCGUCUGAUGCCGGAGUCCACACCCGCAGGCCACACUGCCUCGUCUUCAGGGUUAUUUGGAGGAGUUAAAAGGCGAAGAUGUGAACUGACCGGCCCCUUGGGCGCAGCAGGAACCGGGGUAGUAAAAACUUCUGAUCCCUCCUUUGGAAAACACGGAAACUGAGCUGGCUGCUCCCUUCCUGCCCUGGGCUGCAUUUGUAAAUCUGGAGCCUGGUUAGGUCCCUUCUCCCCAGCCUUGACGAGCACCACCCCAUUUGGCCCAGAAAAGUGGUUUCCAGGAGAGAAGGCAGGCGUGGAGCAGGACGCCUAUCAAAGAAUCCUGAACUCCCACGUUCUUCCCUCUUCCUGGCACACUCACCUCCCUGCCUGCGUCCGCUCUGCAACUCUGGGCUCCUGUGGCCUCUCCAGCUCGCUCUUGUAGCGCUGGCAGCUCUCCCUCGUACUGAACCAUUCCUGGCCCCCUGCAUGCCCUCCAGGUCCCACUCUUCUUUGAAGCCGCUCAGGACUCCUGUGAGCAGCCUCCAUGAGGCCCUGGACCAGUGCAUGACUGCCCUGGACCUCUUCCUCACCAACCAGUUCUCAGAAGCACUCAGCUACCUCAAGCCCAGAACCAAGGAGAGCAUGUACCACUCGCUGACGUAUGCCACCAUCCUGGAAAUGCAGGCCAUGAUGACCUUUGACCCUCAGGACAUCCUGCUUGCUGGCAACAUGAUGAAGGAGGCGCAGUCGCUGUGUCAGAGGCACCGGAGGAAGUCCUCUGUAACAGACUCCUUCAGCAACCUGGUGCACCGCCCCACUCUGGACCAGUUCACGGAAGAGGAAAUCCACGCGGAGGUGUGCUACGCAGAAUGUCUGCUGCAGAGGGCAGCACUGACCUUCCUGCAGGAUGAGAAUAUGGUGAGCUUCAUCAAGGGUGGCAUCAAAGUUCGCAACAGCUACCAGACCUACAAGGAGCUGGACAACCUCGUGCAGUCCUCCCAGUACUGCAAGGGAGAGAACCACAGGCACUUUGAAGGAGGGGUGAAGCUCGGUGUGGGAGCCUUCAACCUGACGCUGUCCAUGCUUCCUACUAGGAUCCUGCGGCUGCUGGAGUUCGUAGGGUUUUCAGGAAAUAAGGACUACGGGCUGCUGCAGCUGGAGGAGGGCGCCGCGGGCCACAGCUUCCGCGCAGUGCUCUGCGUCAUGCUGCUGCUCUGCUACCACACCUUCCUCACCUUCGUGCUGGGCACCGGGAAUGUCAACAUCGAGGAGGCAGAGAAGCUCCUGAAGCCCUACCUGAAGCGAUACCCUAAAGGCGCCAUCUUCCUGUUCUUUGCAGGGCGGAUUGAAGCCAUUAAAGGCAAUGUUGACGCAGCCAUCCAACGGUUCGAGGAGUGCUGCGAGGCCCAGCAGCACUGGAAGCAGUUCCACCACAUGUGCUACUGGGAGCUGAUGUGGUGCUUCACCUACAAGGGCCAGUGGAAGAUGGCCUACCUGUACGCCGACCUGCUCAGCAAGGAGAACUCCUGGUCCAAGGCCACCUACAUCUACAUGAAGGCCGCCUACCUCAGCAUGUUUGGGAAGGAAGACUGCAAGCCGUUUGGGGAUGACGAAGUGGAGUUGUUUAGAGCCGUGCCAGGCUUGAAGCUCAAGAUUGCCGGGAAAUCUCUACCCACAGAGAAGUUCGCCAUCCGGAAAUCCAGACGCUACCUCUCCCCCAACCCGAUCUCCUUGCCAAUCCCUCCUCUGGAAAUGAUGUACAUUUGGAAUGGCUACGCUGUGAUUGGGAAGCAGCCGGAACUGACAGAUGGGAUACUUGAGAUUAUCACCAAGGCUGAAGAGAUGCUGGAAAAGGGCCCAGAGAACGAGUACUCCGUGGAUGACGAGUGCUUGGUGAAGCUGCUGAAAGGCCUGUGUCUGAAGUACCUGGGCCGUGUCCAGGAGGCCGAGGAGAAUUUCAGGAGCAUUCCUGCCAAUGAAAAGAAGAUUAAAUAUGACCACUACUUGAUCCCAAAUGCCCUGUUGGAGCUGGCCCUGCUGUUUAUGGAGCAAGGCAGAAACGAGGAGGCUGUCAAACUCUUGGAAACUGCGAAGCAAAACUACAAGAAUUACUCCAUGGAGUCAAGGACACAUUUUCGAAUCCAGGCAGCCACACUCCAAGCCAAGUCUUCCCUGGAGAAUGGCAGCAGGUCCAUGGUCUCAUCAGUGUCCUUGUAGUUUUAUGCAGCACUCCUGGGCUGGAAGAUGGAGACAGUUGGACAGAGCUCCUGGAAACAUUUCAGAAAGAUCCCCUCCCCCUGCCCUGCCCUGCCUUUAGGGUCCCCCGAUGCUCCAGUGGGAUGGCACGACAUAGGUACCCACGGAGAAGCGAAGCCGGCAUGUUCACCAGUGUGACCAAGGGCCUUUGCCAAGGACAGAGCAGGCGGACCCUCCUCCCGCCCUAUCACACAUACGGGUACUUGUUUUUCACUGUGCUGUUUAAGAGAAUGUAUGAACAGUUUACAUUUUCCUUAGAAAUACAUUGAUGGGAUCAUAGUUUGCUUUUAAAAAAACUCAACAGCCAACCACCUGUAAAUCUUUGUUUUACCCAUACUGAUCUGGAGGUAAAUCUACAUGAUGCCAAAGACCAAGCUGCUGUUCGAACUUCAGCAAGGUCUCAGCCUCCAGGGCUGAAAGGACCCUCCUAGGAGUCAGGAGGGUCUGCACCUCAGGCUUUGAGGCUUCUGGGGUCUGGCAGAGAGCUUGCACACAGACACCCACUACCUUACUUCUUACACUUUAUUUUCACUCCUUUUGUAACUUUCCAAUUUAAAAAAAUCAAACACGUCUUUCUAGUGAGGUAAUUUUCAUUUGAGUCCAUCUGUAGAAAAAUCAAUCUCCACCAGUAAGGAAUGGGGAUGCCCAGGCCUGACAGAAGGGGCGCUUUCUGUGCCAAAGCCAAGAAGUUUGGGGUGGGGGAGCUUCUGAGAAACCAGACUGCAUCCUCGCUGUACGCCAAACUGGGACCACUGGGGAGAAUUUAUGGAACAUAAAAAUCUUCUAUACUUCACUCCGAGGUACAUUUAUUUACUGACAGCAUUUUUUUAGAAGUAGAAUGGUUAUUCUUGGCUUGUUGUAUAUGUCUUAGAUUUUUCAGUCAAGAUAAAAGAGAGAUUCAAGUAAUAAAACUUACACACUUAAGAGAUCAUGCAACAUCUAUUUCAGUAAAAUAUGUGUUGCUUGAAUUCUUGGGCAGGGCAGAAAGUCUGGAUCAGAAGCCAUAUGGCCCAUGUAUGUUUUAUUUAGACAACAUGAUGUUUUAAAAUUUUUAGAAUAAGUUAUUAACAUUUGAAAAUGGGGAGAUUUCACAAAUAAAUCUGGUUUCUGGCCUCUUAUUUAAAAAAAAAAAAAAGACGUGGCAACCUUGGGCCUCCUUCCCACAAGGCCACGGUCUGUCGCAGCGCAGCAGAGGCUGCUUUCAACACACACCACCUUUCUGGCCCCUGAAAGCAUCUGAAUUUGCAACCUCUGGGACUGUUAAAGUGAGAACCCAAGUUCAGUAACAAUACCAAGUUUCACCAAUCACGAUCUAAUGACAGCGUACGUCAACUUAACCCUGUCGCUGGAGGAAAAGGCGUGCACAGUACAAAGAUUCAUCUGUGCAAAUGUGACUCCUCAACUACAUGAAUGCAAUUUCUGUGAGGGAAGAACCACACACAGCUUUCCCCACCUUCCAGCAUUGCUGUAUUUAGCAAACACUUCUGAGCAUUUGCCAGGGGCUGGGCGGGUUAAUCUAUUAAUAUACAGUCAGCCGGCCUCCUGCGACCGACACUGAAUGAUGUCAUGGCUUUUAGGUAAAGCAUAUUCUCAGUAGGAAAAAAACAAAAGAAAGCAGAAAACCCUCAUCCAAGAUUCUCUUUUGCACUAAGUACUGUCAGAGCAGAAAUUUCUCAUUUUGUUGGAACCAGACAAAAGAAUGUUCUCCAUAGAGAAGGAGCCCUUUGCAAUCUCUCUCUCCACCAAAGCCUGGAUGCUGGGAGACCAGCCUGUUCCCAGGUUGUCAGGGAGGCAGGGUGAGCGGGGUGACUGGAGCCAGGCUGCUGAAUGAGGGUGGCCUUUUGUGGUUCCCCUAUAUUAGAAGCUACCUACUGCUGUAUUAAAGCAGCCCUGGUCACAGGAUACCAAGUAUAUUAUUUGCAAAAUUGCAGUUUACAAAAAACUUUCAACAUUCAUUGUACUUGCUUUUGCUUUUAAGAUUUUAUGCCAGGAUGGUUUCCUUGUCUGUGUUUGUUGUUGCUGAUUUCCUGCUGGGCUUCAUUAAUUAGCCUAUGUCACCCUUACCUCUGCUGCCCUGGCUGCAGUCUGGCUGAUAAGAGAAAUCCGUGGGUUUUGCCUCCUUUAUCCCCACUGCAGCUUCAGAUAGUCUAUCAAAAACAGGGAUGUGAAGGAGGGUGAAGACGAGCGGUGUCUGACACCACAGCCUUGUUCAGAGGCCUCUGAGGGUGAAAAUUCUGUCCUGGGCUUCUCAGGGUGUCUUCUCUGAGCAGCUUCUGGUUGUUGCUUCUCCAAUAGUGCAGACCUUUCCAGCACAUCUGCCCUGGAGAGGCAGCUAUCAGGUGGAGAGCUGGCCUGGAAAUAAGGAGACCUGAACUCCAGUCUCUGCUUUGCUACUGAUUUUUGGAGUUACCUUGGGUCAUGGACCCUCUAAAAAUUAGUAAUUUGGACUAAAUUAAGGUUCUUUCCUGCUGUCAACAGUUCUAACUCUGGUCAGGUCUGUUUCUCGGUUUUCAACUCCAAAAUGAAGGAACAGAUUUAUACCUCCCUACCUUUGCCAAAGCCCUGUGUCCCCAAGCAAGUCAACCAGAAAUGCUAGGUUUCUUCAAUCAGAGACCUCUACAGUAGGCCGGGAACCCAGAGAGCAAAUAAUCCUCAUUUGGGAAAAGUCUGAAUCCUGUGCCACACAGAGGAACUCAGUCGUUAGGAAGUAGCAACUGUGUAACAUGAUCUGAACAGGCCCUUGGCAACGGAAAGUCUCUGUCUGCCUCUCACUGGUCCCAGGCCCUGGGACUGGCAGGCUGGCUUCCCGCAGUGUUCUGGUCCCUAUCAGCUCUCCCACAUGUUGGCAGGAUGCCCUAUUCCUUAUCUCUCAAGCCAGAAUGGGAGUUUUUCCAAGACAGCUAUCGUCAUUCACAGCAGAAAGCUAUGACCUGGCCACAAAGCCAGGACCCUAAAAGGCCAAUGCCAACCCAAGACUUGGCUGAGGUCCAAGCGGGAGAUUCCCAGCAACUGAAGAAUGGCACCAGGUUUUCAGAAAGCCCCAGCCUGCCGAAUGCUAGACUCAUUCAACAACGGAAUAAACUCCAAAGACAUUUUUCUCUGGAGUUACUCCUAAGUGUACUUCUAAGAGGACGGGGAGUGGACAACAGUCUUCUCCAUUUUUGCUCCAAAUGUAAAGUCUAACUAACAGUGUGCCUUUUCAACAACAGUUUCCUUAUGUCCUUAGCACCAUCACAUUAAUUCAGUAAUAAAUGAGAGGUGCCUGGAGUCCAGAAACCAAGCAGCAAAUGGGAACUUCUCAUCCCCGCCCUCAGAGGCAGCUUCCCACGGUUAGAAGGGGCCUUUCUGCUUGGGUUCGCACAGCUCCUUUGACAUCUAGUGCAAAGUUCAUUACUGCCCAACAGGGUAAGUCCACAAACAAGGAGCUGUACUUGGGGGCUUGAAAAACCCAUUUCUAAAUGAGCAAUCUCUGAAUUGCUUCUACUGUAUGAGUCAACUACUGAGUGACAAAACGUAAAGAGCGCCUCCUUUGGGAAGACAUACAAUUACUGAAGAUCGCUAUGUACUUCUAAAAGUUGACAUUCAAGUUUAAUCAGACACAUCACAGCUAACACCUCACAAAUGACUAGAUUGGACUGUUUUUCUUCACUUAAUUAACAAACACUUCAGAACACCAGACACCAUAUACUUGGGUGGAAGAAUAAUGGCUAAUAAGCGCUCACUAUUUACCAGUUGCUAUUCCAAGCACUUUACAUGUAUCUAGUCCUCAUCACCGCCCUAUGGAGUAGGGACUAUUGCCAUUUUACCGAUGAGAAAACGGAAACGACAGGUUAAAUAACUUGCCUAAGAUCACACAGCUAUUACGCAGCAGAAAGCUCUGAAGCCAGGCAGUUGAACUCUAAAGUCCAUGCUUUGCUAAACUGCUGGUCAAGCUGUAAAGUGAUCCAAGUUGGAUCUGACUUAUAUUCAUUCUUGAGCCACACACUGUUAAGGAUGGAAAAUGUACUGGCUAAUCACUCCACACACUAGAAAUCCUUGGCUUGGAACACAUGGCGCGUGUGUGUGUGGCACAGUCCCCCCAGGCCACUUGGCAUCAUGAGGUAGGGAUAGGGUCUAAGUUGGACAAAGCCAAAAGAAAAAAGACAACCUUUAAGCAACAGUAUUUGCUCAUAAAAUCAAGGGAUGUUGGAGGAAAAGGCAUGAUCUAAUCCCGUUUGAUAAGUGGAGUUCCAGUCAGGUACUCCAGAGAUGGGAAGUGAAGCCUGAACAGAUGCAGAGGCUCAGGCCUGGACUGAGGCUUGAGGGGUACAAUCCAUAUGCCAGAAGAGGUUUGGUAUAAGACAGUAAGAGGCAGGAACAUUAGCAAACUGGGAAGCAUAUGAUGCUAAAGGUUCUCAAAGAAUUUUAAGUUUAAGCACUUAAAGAGUGCUGGAUGGCCAAACACAUCAAUCUGUGGGUCAGAGUGGUCCAUGGGCAAGAAAUCUGUCUCCCUGGACUAGAGCGGAUUUCCAGACAGCUAUCUAUGGAAGAGAGGUUGUGAGCAAAUUCGUAGUAAGAGAAAAGCCUGAUGUACUGAAAAUACCACCUUUAAGUUCUAUUAAUUACAUGGGGUGGUGGAUAAAAGCAGACUGGAUUCCAACUUAGUUUCAAGUACUUCCCCGCUCUGAGGAUCAGCUUACUCUUCAUACAAUAGUGCUAAUACCAACUGCUUCACAGGGUUGCUGAGGAUAAAAAGAAAUCAUAGCUGCUCCUCUAGUAUAUUAAGUGAAUUUAUUGGCCGACAUACACUGUGGGAAGGCAGUGGUGGAUUUGGCCUAGGGGCUGACUAAGGCUUCAGUGCCUUAAUUAGGGCUUCCCCACCUUUUGGCUUUGCUCCUGUGUUAGAUUUAUUCUCUUGAACCGGCUUCUCCGCGUGGCAGGGGUACAUGGCAGCUCAGACCUCACAACCUUACAGCUUUGUGACCAGAAGAAAAGGGCUUCUUUUCCCAGCUCCAGUGUGAAAAAUCCCAGAUAAGGAUUCUGAUCAGUGUGGUGUGGCUCAAAUGUCCAUCCCUUAGACCCGUGGUUCCCCGGAUCAGCAUUAGAUCAUCAGGGAACUUGCUAGAAAUGUAAAUUAUCAGACCCCACCCAGACUGUAGAGGUAGGGCUGAGCACUCGGAAUGUUAAUAAGCUCUCCAGGUGGAGCUGAUGCACACAGAAAUUCGAGAACCAGUGCCCAAGAAAGGGAGUGAGGUACUACAAUUGGUCCAUCUUGGGUCGUAGUUCAAUUCGGGGUUAUUACUAAAAAAGAAGAUGGGGUACUGGGCAGACAAAAUCAACACGUAUCCACUGCAUGUCCUUUCUUUCACGUUGAUACACAGGAACUAUGACCGGCCGCCCUCCCGGGAGAGGGGAGGACGAGGACAGGAGGAUUUGCAGUACUGGUUAGAGGAGGCUUACCAGAAAGCCGCCCACCAAGGAAGAGCCUUUCCCUUCUUGCCACUCUCAGAAAUCUUUAUAAGAUCCUUAUUUUCCAGUGGGAAGCUCCUUGAUGGUGGCUCCCUCUCCAGCAGAAAUGCUCAGAUUCCUCAGGCCCUCUCUUCCGACUUUCUCCCUCCCUUCCCUUAAUAAAUACCUGUUGAGCACCUAA